CGACAAAUACCACCUGCGUCUUCAGCGUAUCUGUCGUACAUCUCAUCUUUCCAAAUCCUCCUUGUAUACUGCGUCAAAGCUUUCCACCGGCUCGCUGUGCGUCUGGCCAGAGAUGACGCCAGAGCCCGUCCAACAAGUCGCUCCUCUCCCGAAGCGACGCCGCACCGAUCAAAAGUCCAAGAAGGGCUGCAGCGCGUGCAAGACGCGGCACACCAAGUGCGACGAAGGUAGGCCCAGGUGCAUCAACUGCAUCACGACUCACCGUCGUUGUUCCUCUCCUGCUGCUCCAGCGAAUGCGGCAGCUGUAGCAAGCAGGGCAACGGUUGCCGGAACGGGGAGUCCAUGCACGCCCGAGGAGGCUGCUGGGGCUCUUUUCACCACGAGCCAUCUCGUAUGCCUGCACCACGCCGAGACGCAGAUGGAGAGAUACACGGCGCUGCAUGGGACCGCGCCGCCAAUCGUUGAUCUCGCCAUACCGUGUUCGUGCACGCAAUGCCCGCAGCCGCGCGACGCCACUAACUCUUUGACUGUUUGUAGAGGUUACGCCCGUUGAGGUACGUUGAAGCUGCAAAGAGCUUACAUUUACGCUAUUUUACUGGUAAAAAGUCACGCGGAUUCGGGUGUUGCGCGCGCAGACAUGGUAGCUUUUGCCGGGACCCGUCGUCAUCUUGACUGUAACGUCAGACGACGAAAUCAAGACCGAAGGUUGCACUAUGCUAUAACAUCUAUCAUUCAUUAGCAGGGUAAUUGGGCAGUGGAAAAUCCUUGUACUAUUGCAGUCAGUGUUCGUGCCUACUGCAGACUAUUGACAUGCCUGUUCACGCUUGUGAGAAACGAAAAUACAGUCUGAAGAGAUCUGCACUUGGGUCUUAGCAGUUUGAUCUGAAAUUCAGCGUGGAGACAGAAUUCGUGGGGUAUUUCGCCAAAUCUUCAAUCGAUAGAAUUGCAAACCCGG